AUGAACGAACCCAUCGCCAUCGUAGGCAUGGGCUGCCGCUUCCUAGGUGAAGCCAGCUCCCCCUCCAAACUCUGGGACCUCCUCCACAACCCGCGCGACGUCGCCCGCGACAUCCCCGACUCCCGAUUCAACCUCGACCGCUUCUACCACCCAACCGGCAGCCACCACGGCACCACCAACAUCCGCCAGGCCUAUCUCCUUUCCGAAGACGUGCGCGAGUUCGACGCAAAAUUCUUCUCCAUCCCCCCAGGUGAAGCAGAGGCCAUCGACCCGCAGCAACGCCUCCUCCUCGAGGUCGUUUACGAGGCCCUCGAAUCCUCAGGCCAUACGCUGGCCGACCUGUCCAACUCAAAUACCGGCGCCUUUGUCGGCCUCAUGUCCCAGGACUACUUCGCGCUUAAUGGCCAGGAUGUGAACUCCGUCCCGACUUACGCUGCGUCCGGUACGGCGGCGAGUAAUGCCUCCAGCCGACUCUCUUACUUCUUUAACUGGCAUGGCCCGUCCAUGACGAUAGACACCGCCUGCUCAUCUAGUCUCGUCGCGGUGAAUGAGGCAGUCCAAGCCCUUCGAAACGGCACGAGCCGCGUUGCUGUAGCUUGUGGGACAAACUUGUGUUUGUCAGCCUUUACGUUCAUCACGUUGAGCAAGCUCAGUAUGUUGUCGCCGACGUCUCAAUGUCACAUGUGGGAUGUCGACGCAGAUGGCUACGCCCGAGGUGAAGGCGUUGCUUGCGUUGUUUUGAAGACUCUCAGCAAUGCGAUUGCAGACGGGGACCAUAUCGAAGCCGUGAUUCGGGAAGUGGGCGUGAAUCACGAUGGCAGGACGAAGGGGUUGACUAUGCCCAGUGCUACGGCCCAGGCGGCGCUCAUUCGAGACACUUAUGCCCGCGCUGGGCUGGAUCCGACGAAGGAGGCUGAUCGGUGUCAGUAUUUUGAAGCGCAUGGCACGGGAACGAAAGCUGGGGACCCUCAAGAAGCCGAAGCCCUGAUGAGAGCGUUUUUCCCUGAGUCUGAUUCUGAAGGCGAACUCUUCGUCGGGUCUAUCAAGACCGUGGUCGGUCACACCGAAGGCACAGCGGGACUGGCAGGUCUCAUGAAGGCUUGUCUUGCUCUUCGCAAUGCAACCAUUCUCCCAAAUUUACUGUUCAAUAAAUUAAACCCUGACCUUGAACCGUUUACAAGCCAUCUCCGUGUUCCUACGGCCAAUCAACCUUGGCCUGAAUUGCCAGAUGGUAAACCUCGAAGGGCUAGUGUCAACAGCUUUGGUUUUGGAGGGACCAACGCUCACUGCAUUCUUGAAACAUACUAUCCACCAACGCCCAGUGACCCAGUCCCUGAAAUAGAGACGGCCACAUCAGGAACAUGCUGUAUUCCAGCUGUAUUCACUGCAGCAUCUGAUAACUCGUUGGUGGCACUCCUGCAGUCCACACUUGAAUUCAUGGACAAGAACGCAGACGUCAAUAUCAGUGGACUGGCAUACAACUUGAGCACCAAGCGCUCUGCUCUGCAGCGAAGACUCGCACUAUCCGCUGCAUCGAUCGACGAGCUUCGCGAAAAGAUCAAGUCCACGAUAGAAGCCGCUUCAGAGAAAGACGCCACUUUACCCUCCACUUCAGCUUUACCUGGAACUGCUUCAUUGCUCGGCGUUUUCACCGGCCAGGGCGCUCAGUGGCAAGGCAUGGGGUCCCAGCUUAUAUCGUCGAUCCCGCUGGCCCGGAGGACCGUCGAAGAGCUGGAUUCAUCUCUCGCAAGCUUACCGUCCUACCACCGCCCAUCCUGGACUCUAGCCGACGUACUUACUGACAGCACUGCGCCCGUCGGCGAAGCCUCUCUUUCGCAGCCUCUCUGCACGGCUGUCCAAGUCAUCCUGGUUGACCUGCUCCGCGCUGCGGGAGUCAAGUUCCAGGCCGUUGUUGGGCAUUCCUCUGGAGAGAUUGCUGCUGCCUAUGCGGCGGGCUUCAUCACUGCAUGGGAUGCUAUCCGCAUUGCAUACUACCGGGGAUUCUACGCCAAUAUGGCGGCCGGGCCGGCGGGAGAGAAGGGCGCAAUGCUGGCUGCCGGGACCUCCUUUGAGGAUGCCAGUGAACUUUGCCAGCUUGAUGACUUCGAUGGGAGGAUCUGCGUGGCUGCCCAUAACUCUCCUACCAGCGUGACUCUGUCGGGUGAUAUCGACGCUAUAACCCAGGCACAGGGGGUGCUUGAAGAGGAGGAGAAAUUCGCCCGGAUUUUAAAGGUCGACACCGCGUACCACUCGGCCCACAUGCUUAAAUGCUCUGCAUCUUACCUUACGGCAUUGAGAAACUGCAACAUACAAGUCCGACAGCCCCGGCUCGAUGCACCGCAGUGGUUCAGCAGCGUCCGAGACGGUCAGGUCAUCAAUAGCCCGGAAAGUCUGGACGGCCAAUACUGGGUCGAUAAAAUGCUCCAGCCCGUGUUAUUCUACCCAGCUGUUGAAACAUGCUUGACAUCUGCGGACGAAGCCAUCAACUGCGGCGUAGAGGUCGGGCCGCAUCCUGCUUUGCAGGGACCUGCGAAGGAUUCCAUUCUUGCCGCUGUGGAUCGGGAAAUCCCAUAUAGUGGCACCUUGAACCGUGGAAAGAGCAGUGCGGUGGCAUUUUCCGACGCACUUGGAUUCCUUUGGAGUCGGUUUGGCCCUGCUGCUGUGACGCUCGGAGCUUUCCAGCAGACAAAUUACCCGGAUACUCCGACUACGAUGAUCCACGGUCUUCCAACACUCAUCAAGACCUUCCACAACCACCCGGUGCCCUUCCAUGACUUACUAGGCAUCCAGAUGGCAGACGGAGCAACGGAGGAAUGGAGGUGGCGGAAUAUCCUGAAGAUGAAUGAACUCAAGUGGCUGUCGGGACACUCGCUCCAAGGCCAGGUCGUCUUUCCCGCAACAGCUUACAUCUGCCUUGCCAUGGAAGCAGCACUGCAACUGGCCCAAGGGAGACCCGUGAAAUCAAUCGAUCUCUUCGAUCUUGAAAUCCGCAAAGCCAUCGCCAUCCACGACUCCACAGGCACUGAGCUCCUCACAUCCAUGACCAAGGUGUCUACCCUCGACACCGAGUCGGAAGAAAUCACCGCUGACUUCGCGGCCUACUCAACCAUAAGCAAAGACGCUGCCAACCUUGCGCUCAACUGCUGCGGUCGUGUGCGUGUGCUUCUAGGAGAGGGCGAGGACUCGGCAUUCCACUUCUCACCUAGACUUCCCCCACUCGGAAAACUGACCGCAGUAGACGUGGACAGCUUCUACAAGAUCCUGCGAGAUGACUUCGGAUUCGGAUACGAGGGCCCCUUCCGCGCGCUCACGAAUGUGUCCCGCAAAGCCGGCUUCGCGACGGGAACAAUUCGGUGCGAGAGGUUCGACGAUUCCGAAACGCUUCUGCUCUUCCAUCCCGGUAUGCUGGAUAGUGCCUUGCAGGGUCUGAACGCUGCCCAUAGCGCCCCUGGAGAUGGCCGGCUCUGGACGAUCGUGGCGCCAACCUUCUGUCGUCGGAUCUCGAUCAUCCCUGGACUCUGCGGCAGCAACAUGACAGAUAAUGUUGAGAUCGACUGCAAUAUCACUGAUCCUCGCGAUACGCACGUCACUGGAGAUGUGGAGGUCUUCUCGGAGGGUUUCAAGGAGAAGAUUAUCGAGGUUGAGGGGCUCACCUUCUCCCCGUUUGCGGGUGCGACUGUUGAGAACGACCGGUAUCUCUUCCAGGAGUCGUUCCUGUGCCUUGAUAAGCCGAACGCGGAUGUUAUCUUUGGGGAUAGACAGGCGACUCCCAAGGAGAGCAGGAAGGCUCUUGACGCUGAGCGCGCGGCGUUUUACUACCUCAAGACCUUCCAUCUCUCGGUCAGUCCGGAGCAGCGCGAGACCCUUCCGUGGUAUCGACAGGCUUUGCUGAAGAACGCUGAGCGGCUGUUCCACAUUGUCAAUGACGGGAAACAUCCGUUUGCCUCGCAGUCUUGGGUGAGUGAUACCAGAGAGGAUAUAUUCAAGAUGAUGGGCAGCUAUCCUCCGACAGACGCCGAUUUCAACCUGACCAAGGCCGUCGGAGAACAUCUUCUUCUGCCUUCGGUGCUGAAUGGAGAUACCAGCAUCCUGCAAUACAUGACCAAGGAUAACUACCUUGAGCAGUACUAUGUAAAUGCCAUCGGGUUCCAGCUGCUGAACUUCUUGAUUGCCGGGGUGAUGGAACAGCUUUGCUUGAAGUCUCCCCGAAUGAACUUCCUUGAAGUCGGCGCCGGAACUGGUGGCGCGACCAAGGCGAUCCUGGAGAAGAUCGGGUACUCCUAUGCAUCUUAUACGUAUACCGACAUUUCCAGUGCCUUCUUCGGCCAUGCUGCAGACCACUUCCAAUCGCACGUCAGCAAGAUGAUUUUCAAGACCUUGGAUAUCACGAAGGACCCCGCUGGACAGGACUUCACCCCGCAGAGCUAUGAUGUUGUCGUUGCCUCCAAUGUCUUGCACGCGACCGAGUCAUUGAGAUCCGCCCUUGAACAUACACGAAAGCUCUUGCGUCCUGGUGGCUAUCUUGUGAUGGUUGAGAUCAUCCGCAACGACGUGAUGCGCCACGGUCUCGUCAUGGGCGGUCUCCCAGGCUGGUGGAUCGGCGAGAACGAUGGUCGUUACGGGGGCCCAAGUAUUACUCUUGAGGAAUGGGAUAAGAUUCUUCGAGAGACCGGCUUCAGUGGUAUCGAGACCAAUUCGCCCAUGCGGGACCCAGUGGGCGUGCCCGGAUCCAUUAUCGUUUCUCGGGCUCAAAAUGAUCUCGUCAGCCAGUUGAGCAGGCCUCUCAGCUCAAAGUCUAGUACGGCAACAGACAAAACUCCCGUACUUGUUAUAGGUGGUAGCAGUCCAUUUGUAUCGCCGUUCAGGGACCAGCUCUGUCUCAAUCUGAGGCCGCAGUUCGCAGAUGUCAUUAAAGUUGACCAGUUCGCGGAUCUGCCACCACUUCCUGAGAGCUACCAUGUCCUCAGUCUCACGGAGUGCGACGCAAACUUGUUCGAGGACAUGGAGGAGUCUGUCUUCUCGAAUCUAAAGACAGUGCUGGGCUCUGCAUUGAGUGUACUCUGGUUGCUCCAGGAUCGUCGAUCGAAUAAUCCCCAUGCCGGAACUACGCUCGGUCUCUUCAGAACGCUUUUCUACGAAGUUCCCGGGACCCUAUUGCAGACUCUGGAUAUUGACGCCGUCGAUAUGAAUGACUGCUCAUUCAUUGCAAAGUCAAUGUGCCAGCUCAGGCUCCAGUCGGACAUGGCCAGACGUGGUGAGACGGAUGAGAUACUCUGGGAGUUCGAACCAGAACUCGUUCUCAAGGACGGCCAGCUUUAUGUCCCAAGAGUUCGUCCGCAUGAUGGGCAGAACAAUCGAUACAACUCAUCCAAGAGAUCAAUUACUCACAAUGUGGACGUGCACACGACGCCUUUGGCUCUAGAUCUGGUCGACGACUCGUACAUGGUACGGGAGCAGCACGCCAUAGAGAGAGAUUCACCUGAGCUUGUUACAGUCAGUGUAUCUUGCUCUUUCUUGUCGUCAAUAAAGACCCCAGUGGGAUAUGUAUUCGUCAGUCUCGGAGAAGAUGUCAAGAUAGGAGAAAAGACACUUUGUUUCACCAGCCGCAACGAGUCCAUCGUCAAGGUCCCCAAGUCCUGGACGAUGUCCCUUGACGAGGUCGAGGUUGACGGACAAUUCAUGUCGUUUGUCAUUGCCGAUCUCACAGUCCAAUGGGUGUUGCAAAUGCUGCCACCCACAGGAACGGUGCUGGCAUACGAGCCAGAUCCAGUUGCAGCAUCUCUGCUAUCUCAGCAGUUGAACAGGCUCGGCAGGAAGGCUCUUUUCAUGACUUCUAGUCCUGAAAUGUCCGGCCGAAACUGGGUGUACCUUGAUCCUAACAGCACCAAGAGAGCCAUCACUGCCCUCUUACCAGCCGACGUUACCCUGUACGUGGACGCCUCCGGAGCCGACGAAUCUCAUUUCCAAAGUCUCGGAUCCAAGAUUGCGACCUCCCUAUCAUCGGUCUGUGACGAGGUCAAGAUGUCUAGCCUGACUGCAUCAGAAGCGUCCGUUCUUCCGCACGAUGCCCCUAAAGCCAUCACAGAUCUGCUCCGUCGCGUUGCUUCCUUCGCUUCCUCCUUGCUAUCCGCACAAGCAACCCCAGAGGGCGCACCACUUGAUAUCUUACCACUCAAACGGGUGGUUGCGAACUUUGUAGUACCAAAUCCCAGCUCGCUUGUUUACUGGCAAGAGGAUCAAUACGUGCCGGUCUCUGUUGAGCCCGUUACGCAACGUGGUGAUCUGUUCCGUCCCGAUCGCACCUACUGGCUAGCUGGUCUCGCCGGAGACACUGGCCGAUCCCUGGCCGACUUCAUGAUUGCCCACAAUGCUCGGAAUAUCGUGCUAAGCAGCCGUAAGCCCACUGUCGACGAAGACUGGGUGCAAUGGCACAAGUCAAGAGGUGCCACAGUGAGGUAUUUCGGAGGGGAUAUCACCAGCUUCGAAUCCAUGAAACAGAUCCAUGACGCUAUCAAGGAGUCCAUGCCGCCCAUUGGGGGUGUUGCGAAUGGCGCCAUGGUUCUGCGAGACAGUUCCUUCAUGAAGAUGAGCUUCGACGAUUUCCAAGCGGUCCUAGGUCCCAAGAUCCAAGGCACGAUUAAUCUCGACCGGCUCUUCUCCGAUCCCAACCAACCACUCGACUGGUUCAUCGGGUUUAGUUCGAUCGCCGCAACCGUCGGCAACCCGGGACAAUCGGCGUACACCGCUGGAAACUGUUUCAUCAAGGGACUUGUCGACCGGCGGCGUAAGCAAGGCCUGGCUGGAUCAGUAAUUGACAUCACUCGAUUAGUGGGGCUGGGCUUUAUCGAGCGUGAAAGCCACGGCCGUCUGACAAAGGAGCACCAGGAGCGUCUAACUACGCGGUCUGGGACUAUUGCGAUGAGUGAGAAUGACCUGCACCAGUUGUUUGCAGAGGCGAUCUUGUCCGGACGACCGGACCUCGGUCUCAACCCGGAGAUCAUUACAGGUCUGGCGCCCAUCACUGUUGAGCAGUCGAAGGACGCAUACUGGAAGACCAAUACGAGGUUGUCGCUGUUGAUCAGGGAGGUAGGACAGGGUGAUACACAGGGUGGAGAGAGGGGUAACGCGGUUCCUCUGCGACAACUGCUAGAAGCGGCCAAGACAAUGCAAGACGCGGCGAAGGUGCUUUCAGGUGCCUUCAAAGGAAAGCUGCAAGCGUUGAAAUUCCUGUCGGAUUCUGACAGCUUGUACGACACUACGCCUCUAGUGGACAUGGGUGUCGACAGUCUGGUAGCUGUGGAAGUAAGGUCUUGGUUCUUGAAGGAGCUCGCAGUCGACGUGCCGGUCAUGAAGAUUCUGGGCGGCGCCUCCAUCACGGAUUUGGUGGAGGUUGUCGUGCAGAAGCUUCCCCAGGAGCUAUUGAGUCGGUUAGAUCCCGACGGGCAGCAAACGGUGGAAUCAAAGACCAACGGCAUUGACAGCGCUCGUUCCAGUGGUGUUAAUGGUGUCAACGGCACUCAUGACACUCAUAGCACUAACGGUGUCAACGGUGUCAAUGGCGUCAACGGCCUCAACGGUAUCAACGGUAUCAACGGUAUCAACGGUAUCAACGGUAUCAACGGCACUCAUGACACUGAUAUGGAUAGCACCACGAACCUCAAUGGCACCAACGGGACCGUGGUCAUCGAGGAAAAGUUGGAGCACAAAACCACGAAUGGCGUUGUUCCGAUCAUUAUCAGUGGGCAGGAGGUUGCCUAA